GAGUGGAGAGGCUAUCUGGCAUAUUUUGAAAGAUGGAGGGGGAGGGCUGUUUGUGUGUGAGCGUGUGUGCGUCUGUUUGAGAGAAAUGAGAGGGAGAAGAAUACUGAACUGAGGGAAAUCUGUCAGAUUCAAACACACAAAGUGUGUGCGAGAGAGAGAGAGGCUGGAUGAUGCAAAAUAAACGAGAGAUGAGAAGAACAGAGGAACAUAUAGAAGCAGACAGGAAAUUCACAAACUGAGGUUCGUUUACUUUUGGAUCAGUGCAACUGGAUUCCAUGGAAAAAUCGACCCAGUAAACAGCUGAGAACCGUCUAUCAACUCUGAUGCCAAAGCACCACUUGUAGCUGUAGACCAGGAAAGCAAAAGUGGGAGAAAAAGGGGUCAGGGGUGAAAAGUUGCAGACCACAGAGCUGCUGCGGAAGCUGCAGCAGAGAGAAUUAAGGAGCAGACGUUUUGGGAGGGAAGGUCAAGAGUCAUAAGAUCAAAGAUGAUGACUUCACAUGGAAAACUGAGGAGGGAGAAGGGCAGCCUAGCAGAGUAUGAAUCUCAGAUGAAGGAUUUGCGGGCCCAGUUGACAGACCAGCUAAAGAUUUUAGACUCCCAGGUUGAGGUGAAACAGCAGCAGCUCUCAGACCUGUCCGAGUUUCUCCGGCGUCGGGGCGACAUUGAGAGCGAAUAUGCACGAGCCCUCGACAAACUAACUGAAAGGUUCACUCACAAGACUAAAAAAAAGGAGCAGUGGGGUCAGUCUGUUUGUCAGGUCUGGUCAGUUUUGCUGACUCAGACCCGUCUGGAGAGUCGGGAGCAUGCAGCGCUGGGGGACACCUGCUUCAACACCCUCACUCAGAGCCUGACUCACAGCACGGAGGACACACACCGCCUGCACAAAAAGAGCAAAGAGGUGGGGGUUCAUAUGCAGGAUGAGCUGCUUAAGGUCACCACUGAACUGCAAACAGCACUGAAGACAUACAACCAGUACCACACAGACUGCUUGAUAGCUGAGGGGAAACUAAAAGAAGCAGAGCGUCUGGAAGAAAGGCACACUGGCAAAUCAACAGAGCUUGGUCCCAGCCAAUUGCCAGGACAGAGGCGAAGCUCUGUGAAGAAGAUGGAGCGGUUAAUGGAGAAGAGGCAUGGAAGAGUGCAGGAGACCCAGCUGAAGUGUACAAAGGCUCGAAAUGACUAUCUGUUGAAUCUAGCUGCAGCAAAUGCAGCCAUGAACAAGUACUACCUGCAGGAUGUCAGCACCCUCAUUGACUGCUGUGACCUUGGUUUCCAUCUUUCUGUUGAGAGAGUGAUGAAGUGCUACCUCGCCAGUAGGUGGCGCAUUCAGAAGGCAGAGGAGACAGGGCUAAAGCAGUUGGAAACGGCUGUGACGUCCCUGGACCAGAGUGGAGACAGGGAUGCAUUGCUACAGCAGCAUGACGCAGCUUUUUGCCUUCCAUUCAGAUUCAGCUAUCACCCACAUGAGGGAGACCAGGUGUGUGAGGUGAGCGCGGAGAGCCAGGUAAGGUAUGAGCUUGAAACCAGGUUCCAACAGCUUCAGUCUCGGCUCACGGCCGUCACCUUGGAAACAGAAGAGAUUAGUAAAACGCUUAAAGCCACACUUGCUGCCCUGCUGGAUUCCAUGUGUGAUGGUGAUUGCAAUCCCUCCCCUGACGUGUCCACCAGUCUAUCACACGAGUCCUUGGGUGGAAGCACCGCCCCAAAACUUAGCCUUGCCAAGCGUCGAGCCAAUCAGCAGGAGACAGAGACUUACUAUUUUACAAAAGUAAAGGAGUUCCUCAACAGCAGCUCCCUGGCCUCAAAACUUCAAGCCAAACACGAUCUUCUACAAGAUGCCAUACAGAAAGCAGAAGCCGUUGACAGCGACCCUUCCAGAAUGCAAUGUACUACUCGGUCAGUCCGCAUGCGGAAGUCCAGACCAGUUUCCCAAUUCUGCCACACACUCUUCACCACAGACAUACUCUCCUAUAUUGAGAGCUCUGGGCAGCAGAUUCCAGUGGUGGUUGAGAGCUGCAUUCGUUUUAUAAACCUCCAUGGCCUCCACCAUGAAGGAAUUUUCCGAGUUCCCGGCUCACAGAGGGAGGUGAACCUCAUCAGAGAUGCAUUUGAGAGAGGUGAGGAUCCUCUGUCAGACAAUGAAUGUGACCUGGACUCUGUGGCUGGUGUUCUGAAGCUGUAUUUCAGGGGACUUGAGCCUCCUCUGUUCCCCUACGAGUGUUACUCUCCUCUGCUGGAGUGUGUCCAAAUUGAAGAGGAGACUGACAAAGCUGUCCAGGUCAAAGCAAUUGUUUCCACUUUCCCACGGCCUCUUCUCAUGGUGAUGCGCUACCUUUUCGCUUUCCUCAACCAUGUGUCUCAGUACAGCGACGAAAACAUGAUGCAGCCAUACAACUUGGCCGUGUGCUUCGGGCCAAGCCUCCUGAGGGGGUUGGAGUCUGAUGAUGCUGUUGCUAGGCAGCCACAGGUUAACGACCUUGUUAAAACUAUGAUCCUUCAGCAUGACAUCAUCUUCCCUGGCCAAUCUGAACUGCCAGGUCCCGUCUAUGAGAAGCACAUGACACUGGAGCAGGAGUACUGUGAACCAAUAACAGAGGAGGGAGAUGGAGAGUCCGAGCAGCUACCCAGUGAGGAUGAAUGGGAGGCAGUAGCAUUGUUUGACUAUGUGGCCAGAUCUCCAGCAGAGCUUUCCUUAAAGCAGGGAGAUCCUAUUAUUCUCUACAGCAAGGCUUCUUGUGACUGGUGGAGGGGCGAAGUUGGAGGAGUUAAGGGUCUCGUUCCUCACAAGUACAUCAGUGUACUUGAAGGGUCAGAGCGAGGAAAAAGAGAUGACGGUAGAGUAGGUGGAGGCAGCACUGGAAACCUAACGGCAGAAGAUGCACACACAGAAAACACAACAAGGAUGCGGGUAAACAGCGAUAGUGCUUCGUUGCCAGGGAGACAGAGAGGAAGUGAGGGAAGCCCGAGUCGAAAGCCACAAGCUUCCCCUGCUACAAGACAACAAAUACCCGUGUCUCAAGAGCGAAGACACACUUUGGACACUCUAAGACAGGGCAUCGGCAGAAUCCCAGAUAAACCACCAUUUGCCCAAGCAGAAAGACCAACAAUUGACAAGGAGAUAAUCAGCCGUCAGAUGAACUCUGUGUUUAAGGAGCUUCUCUCCCGUCAGCCUCCCCUGCCAUCAUCCACCUUCCCUGCCGCUGUCUCUAUGACUCCUUCUUCCUCCUCGUCUUCAUCAAUUGCUCAAGCUCCCCCCUCAACUAAAAAAGGAUUUGGUAUUAGAAGGGCAAACCCUUUUCAGUCUGGUGGACAGAGAUGAAACAUGGAGACAAGCGGAACGUUUGGGUUAUUAUUCCCCAGUGAUGAUCAUUUAGCUGUUGCCAAUCAGGCAUUUGUUGAAAUUCUUGAGUUUUUGGGGGUUUUUUUCUUCUUUUUCUGUUUUAUGCAAAAGUGUACAAUAGUUGCAUUUGCCAUCUCAUAGUGCCACUAGUCUUGGUGCCGUAUAGGUGUAUGUCCAGUGUACCUGUUUUUCAAAUGGUUUUGUUGUAGUCAGUUUUUCUCAACAGGAUUUUUGCAACUUUACAGGAAUCAAUGAUCUUAUCCGUCAGUGAUAUCACCAGAAAAACAGCUUAGUACAGCACUAGGUGUAGACAAACCAUAAAAUAUCUAAACUGCCCCUAGGGCAGGUCUGAGAUCAGCUCACCUGAAUUAAUUCCUCUUGAAAACUGAUCUGGGUCCUGUGCCUAGGAGUGCCUUCACGUCUUUGUGAACGUUUAUUUCACUUAAAAAGAAACAAAACUGAGAUAUUACAAUUGCGUGUAAGAAGUUAAAAUAUUUACCUCUAAAUUUUCAAUGGGCUCAAACGUUUUGAGAGUUAAAUUAAGAUCUACAAAAUAUCAGAAGUCAUGUGAACCUGAGCUAAUGUAGUAAAGAGUGUUAUAAUUUUUUAAUGGUACAAUAGUGAUCAUCUUUUCUUUAAAGACGCGCAUUCAAAAUGUCAGUUAGUUCCUUAUUGCCAGUAAGCCACUGGACUUUUGCUACUUUUUAUUGUGUAACUUAGGUUUUAAAUGGUGCCUUCAAAUGGAGCCAUGCUUGUAGAAUUCCCAAAAGAUGUUGCUUCUUUUAUGUUCAUGAAAAAAUGUUACAGGGUUUUAGGAAUAAAAAUGAUUUAAGGAUUUUGUGAAACUUUUUCAAAAGCAGAAGUAAACCUUAGCUUUAAAUGACUGACACAUAUAUAUCAACCAUGAGACCUGAGUGCUUCUUCCGUAAAAAAUAAACUCACUUUUGUUUAUAUUGUCCAAUUCAUAUUUUUUUUUUAGUUGAUGAUAUAGUGGAGGAUGUUCUUUUUCCGGGUGGCUCAUCAAAAUAAGUGUUUCUCCUAAUCGUCAAUCAUUCCGGUGAUAGGGUUACGUAAGGCCGUCCUACGUGCUCGUCCCAAUUUUCAGUUACCGGUGGUGAGUCUGACGGUGGAAAAAUUGCAAAUCUUCUUUCGGAAAGAAAGUUUGUGUGAGUGAUGCAAACAGUAACUUUU